AUGAUUGAGCUCCCUGUCACUGCGCUUCUAUUCCUGUGGGCUGCCUCAGCAGGCGCUACACCGCCAGGCUUCUGGGACAUCGAGAUCGAUAACGGGCCAGCUCCAUCGCCUGAAGACGGCCCUCCUCUGUCCGCGAACGCCUCGCGCGACAGGUCACUUCUCCCGGCACAAAUCUGCGGCAUCCUCGGCGGCUACAUCAUCACAGUCCUGUUCGUCGGCGCUUGCCUGCUCACCUUCGGCCGCAGACUACGAAAACAGGCGCUGCUCGCCGCACAGGGAGCCAUUGAAGUAGAGAUGGUCAGGCCGACCGGGAUGGGGUUUGAUCCAGUAUCGCCUGCCUCCACCGCACGAGCCUGGUUGCCCAGUCCCAGCAAGCUCAAGCACACAUUCCGGAGGAGCACCACGAGCGUCAACGAGGAUCCGAAGAGUCCUGGCGGGGUCAGCGUCGCCUCGUUCGACAGCAGGGUUCUUGAAAGCGACAAGGAGAAACGGCAGAAGGAGAUGGAACGACUAUACGCAGCGGUUGCCGAGCACAGCUUCGCGCAAUCAAAGGUGGUCUACAGCGCCGAGACGGAAGAGAUCCAGCCAGCAAGCGGAGGUCCUUCACCUCCUUCAGGCAUGAGCCCGCAAAGGAAACCCGGUAAACGGCUACCGCAAUUGCAGACUGCCCUCAACGCCGCGCACUUGGAUGUUCCACAGAGCCCAGCAAGCCCACGAAGCCCCAUCAGAACCAUAUAUCCCCCGGACUAUCCAAUGGCUGUCCGACAGCAACAACAACAGAGCAGCGCCACGCAGCCCUCGAGUCCGCGCAGUAUACUGACCCGUAAAGAGCGCACACCUUCCAUGGGUUCCGCGAGCAGCAAGUCUCGGCGCGGCCUGCGCAAUCUCCGCAUCUCUGCACCGCUGGACAGAUACCCUGCCGAUGAUGACGAUGAGGCUAAGACGCCGCUAUCACCACGCUUUUACAACCCAGGCCCGCCACCUUCACCGCCAAACGCGUCGGCGCCGACGACACCAGGUACGGUCGAUGGCCUGGACGACCAUUAUGAACGGCUUGAUAAGCCACAGCCUCUUCCUCGUCCAGCGCCCCAGCGCAGCAAUUCGCGACACUCCAGUACCGCUGUGCCCACGUUGUCGACCAUCAGUGUGGCUCAGUCAGCGAGCCCCUCAACCUCGACCCUGCCUUUACGCGCGCUAGGUGAUGCUGCGCUCCCGUCGACCAAGACAACGUACCUAGAGCGCCGUCGGGAUGCGCUUGGCUUGACAACGCCGCGGACUGGAGUGCCGGCCACCCCUUACAGUCCGUACAUGCCAUUCACACCUAUCACGCCUGUGACGCCUCAUCUUGUGAGCAAACACGAACGCAAGAUGAUGAAGAAGAACGAAGUCAAGAAGGUUGUGACUGCUGACGAUCAGGUCAAGGAUGAGAAGGAGCUGUGGGAUUCCGGGUAUUGA